AUGCACAUCACGACGCGUACAUGCAGCAUGCGGCCGUCCACCAUCCGUCUGGGACUGUACGCCACCUCGCUGCUGGUGGCACUCUACGCCCUGGGUACAUCGGCAUACGAACUGCAUGUGAAAGAGACAUACCGUAUAUACGAGUACAACAGUCUGGAAGCAGCUCCCCCGUUGCUACGCGCCGCUCGGGGGGUCAUGGGCGUGUCGUUGACUCUCGUCCUCUACCUCCUCCCAACGACCAUCAUCUCCUUUAUCCGCCCCGACCGCGACUGGGCGUUUAUCCCGCUCGUCUACCUCGGAGUGGACGUGACCGCCCUCUUUAUGGCCACGUGCAUGGCGUUUGGCAGCAUGAUCCUGUCCAUGACGUGGCUCCUCGCCAGUCCCCCGGGAUACAACAACAGUUAUGCGGCGUGUAAAGCGUCGGUAAACGAGGGUCCGGUGGCGGCAAACCUGACGGUCGGUGCCAAGAAGCCAGUGUUUACCGUCCAUCACCUCAGUGAUGGCCAGUGCGACCUUGUACUGUCCACCAUCUGCUCCACAUGGUUGCUCUGCUUCCUCCUUACGUCCACGUUCAUCUUUGUCAUUGUGGCGACGUGCCAGUUUGGCGCAGACGUCCGGAACAAGUGGAGUAAACCGCUGUACAUUGUCGAGGAGAUUGCAGAGGAGGUGCGUGCAAGGGAGCGGUCAGGUAUCGCCCCGACCAUGGGCGGUGGACGGACCAGGAUGCAGAGGCAUGGCGGUUGGCAGCCGAUGCCGAGUCCGUUGAAGGGUGGUGGGUGA